AUGGCACCACCUCGGUUUCAAACUGCAGCUGUUGUAGCAUCUACUCAGGCUUCGGCAUCGGAGGUAGUGAUCAAAGAUGAUCAUCCGGUACCCACUCCGGGUGAUGGCGAGAUUCUCGUGAAGCUUGAAUUCUCUGGGGUCUGUCAUUCAGAUCUACACAGCAUUCGCGGAGAUACGCCCAUGUUGACCGAUGUGGCGGGUCAUGAGGGUAUUGGGAGUGUGGUUCAAGUCGGAUCAGGUAUUGAUGAGAGCCUAUGGUUGGGGACACGAGUUGGCAUCAGAUGGCUUUAUAGCUCGUGCCGCCAGUGUGAGAUUUGCGAAAUUAACCAUACGGCAUGUCCCAGCCAGAGAAAUGCUGGUGCGAAUACACCUGGUACAUUCCAGCAGUAUAUCGUCAGCCCGGCGCUACAUGUGACCAAGAUACCCAAACAACUAUCCCCAGAUAGUGCAGCACCUCUUUUGUGUGCCGGAAUUGCCAUGUAUUCUUCCAUAAUGAAGACUAAGACCCGCCCGGGAGAUUACCUUGUCAUCAUUGGUGCUGGAGGUGGCCUCGGCCAUAUGGGCAUACAGAUUGCAGUCAAGAAAGGGCUCAGGGUGAUUGCGAUUGACAGUGGAAACAAGAAGAGGCAACUUUGUCUAUCCCUCGGGGCCUUUGACUUCUUGGACUACCGAGAGAUUGACAUCGUCCAGGCAGUCAAAGCAAAGACCAACUUUGGUGCACAUGCUGUCAUCUGUACCGCCAAUGGCGAGCGAGCAUACGAGCAGAGCAUGCAAAUGCUACGUCCUCUUGGAACGCUCGUCUGUGUCGGUAUUCCCAGCGCACCUUUCAAGCUUCCAGCAACGCCAUUCGAUAUGAUUGUCAAAGGCCUUACUAUUGUGGGAAACUCGGCAGGCACUUCGGACGAGAUGGAUGAGCUGCUGGCGAUGGCUGUUGCUGGCGAUGUCAAGGCCCACAUCGAUGUCUUUGGUUUGCAUGAGAUCAAUGAUGUUUUGGACCGCUUGGAACGGUCAGAUAUAGAUGGAAGAGUGGUACUCAGAAUCCCUGAAUAA